AUGCUGUCUGGCAUAUUGAUCUUCAAUCAAAAGGGAGAGAAUCUGAUCUUUCGCGCAUUUCGAAAUGAUUGUCGACCACGACUCGCAGAUGUCUUCCGAAUUCAGGUCAUCUCCAAUGCACAAGUUCGUUCACCAAUCCUUACUUUAGGAAGUACAACCUUCAGUCAUGUCAAACACGAGAACAUAUAUUUGGUUGCAAUUACCAAGAGCAAUGCCAAUGCUGCGCUGGUUUUCGAAUUCCUCUAUAGAUUGAUUGCGCUGGGGAAAGGCUACUUUGGAAAGUUUGACGAAGAAGCGGUUAAGAACAAUUUCGUCCUGGUAUACGAACUUUUAGAUGAAAUCCUGGAUUUUGGAUACCCUCAAAAUACAGAGACAGAUACAUUAAAGAUGUACAUCACGACGGAAGGUGUCAAAUCGGAACGAACCAUGGAAGACUCGGCGAAGAUUACAAUGCAAGCAACCGGAGCUUUAUCAUGGAGGAAAGCCGAUGUCAAAUACAGAAAGAAUGAAGCAUUUGUAGAUGUCAUUGAAGAUGUCAACCUUUUGAUGUCUGCUACAGGAACUGUUCUACGAGCUGAUGUAAAUGGUCAAAUCGUUAUGAGAGCAUAUCUUUCCGGAACACCAGAAUGCAAAUUUGGACUCAAUGAUCGAUUGUUGUUAGAUGGCGAUAGUCUUUCAUCUCUACCAUCUGGAAAUCGUAUGGGUACCAAGGCCACCAAAGCAGCAGCUGGUAGUGUUACACUGGAGGAUUGUCAAUUUCACCAAUGUGUUAAGCUAGGGAAAUUCGAUACCGACAGAAUCAUUUCAUUCAUACCUCCCGAUGGAGAAUUCGAACUUAUGCGCUAUCGUGCCACCGAAAAUGUCAAUCUGCCAUUUAAAAUUCAUGCCAUCGUGAAUGAAGUUGGUAAAACAAAGGUCGAAUACAGUAUUGCAAUCCGAGCAAAUUAUGGUAGCAAGCUAUUCGCUACCAACGUCGUUGUUAAGAUACCUACGCCUUUGAAUACUGCUCGAAUCACCGAUCGAUGUACACAAGGAAAAGCAAAAUAUGUACCGGAAGAAAAUGUUAUUAUAUGGAAGAUACCAAGAUUUACUGGACAAAAUGAAUUUGUCUUGAGCGCGGAAGCUACAUUGACAAGCAUGACGAACCAAAAGGCAUGGUCAAGACCACCAUUGAGUUUGAACUUUAGCUUGUUGAUGUUUACAAGUUCGGGACUGUUGGUUAGAUAUCUGAAGGUUUUUGAGAAGAAUAAUUACUCGAGUGUAAAAUGGGUGAGAUAUAUGACCAGAGCAGGGUCUUAUGAGAUACGAUUUUAA